AUGGCCGACGCUACUGAGGCCUCCGCCGAUUCCCAGGUCACCUUCAAGGUCAAGACCUCGGGCGAGGGCAACCACACCAUCACCAUGGCCGAGAGCGCAACAGUACUCGACCUCAAGACCAAGCUGUCUACAGCCGACUUCGAGAACAUUCCCGUCGAGCGCCAACGGUUGAUCUACUCCGGUCGCGUCAUGAAGAACGAGGAGCCCUUGAGCACAUACAAGAUCAAGGCGGGUAACACAGUUCACCUCGUCAAGAGCGCUGCAAGCAAUCCAACACCAGCACCAGCCUCGACGUCCUCUCAGCAAGCACCACCGCGACCUCAAGUGCCAACCAACAUGGCUGCCGGUACAGCCAACAACCCUCUUGCCGGUCUCACGGGUGCGCGAUAUGCUGGUCUUACUGGUCUUCCAUCCGCCGACCUGUUUGGUCCCGACGGAGGCAUGUCUGGCUCCAUGAUGGAUGAAGAGGGCCUCAGCCGCAUGAUGCAGGAUCCCAACGUGCUGCAGCAAAUGAACGAAAUGCUGAACAAUGAUCAGUUUAUUGACAUGAUGAUUCAGCAGAACCCCAUGCUGCGCGACCAACCCAACGCCCGCGAAAUUCUGCGAUCCCCCAUGUUCCGUCACAUGAUGACAAACCCCGAGGCUCUCCGCAGUGCUCAGCGCUUCGGGCGUAUGAUGCGAGGCGGUGGCGGUCCUGGUGGUCAGGGAGCAUUCCCGGCCCCUGGUGUCACCGACACGACUCCUCAGGAUCCGAAUGCAACCGGCACGGCUGGUAACAGUAACGGCGCUGCUCAGGCAAACCCGUUCGACCCUUCCGCGUGGGCAGGUCUCCAGCUUCCUGGCGGAGGUGGUAACAAUGCAAACCCCUUUGCGGGCUUGUUGAACCCCUUUGGUAUGGGUGCUUUUGGCGCUCCUCCUGCAGCUGGAGCUGGAGCUGGAGCUCAAACCGGUGCCGACUCUCAGGCUACGGCCGGCAGCACCGAGGCGCAACGCACCACUGCUUCUGGUGACAGUGGCAAUGCGGCAAACUCAACCAGCCCCCCGCCGAAUCCUUUUGCUGCCCUUUUCGGCGGCGCUCAGCCAAAUGCUGGCGCUGCCGCUGCCAAUCCCUUUGGCCUACCCCCCAUGUCUCCGGAGGCUCUGCAGCAGGUGAUGCAGCUCAUGGGCAUGGGCUCGCCUGGCGGUGCAUCACCCGCCCCUGCUGACAACAGACCACCCGAAGAACGGUACGCCGAGCAGCUUCGACAACUAAACGACAUGGGUUUCUUUGACUUCGACAGAAAUGUUGCCGCACUGAGGCGCAGUGGUGGAAGCGUACAAGGUGCUAUCGAGCACUUGCUCAGCUCAUAG